UUCUUGUUUUUAUCCUCCGAUCGAUCAAACCAAGAAAACACUUUCAUAUUUCCCUCGACGAAAGAAAUGGCAACCAUUUCGAAUCUCGCUAAUCUUCCCCGCGCCACCUUCGUCGACUCCAAAUCUUCUUCUUCUUCCGUCUUACCCAGAUCCUUCGUCAAUUUCCGCGGUUUGAAUGCAAAGCUUUCCUCUUCUCAGCUUUCUCUUCGUUAUAACCAACGAUCAAGACCUUCCCUCUCUGUGAGGUGUUCAGUGUCUGGUGGAAAUGGAACUGCUGGAAAAAGAACGACUCUUCAUGAUCUAUAUGAGAAGGAAGGUCAGAGUCCUUGGUAUGAUAAUCUAUGCCGUCCAGUCACAGAUCUUCUCCCCUUGAUUGCUCGUGGUGUUAGAGGCGUUACUAGCAACCCUGCGAUCUUCCAGAAAGCCAUUUCCACUUCUAAUGCUUAUAAUGAUCAGUUCAGGACACUUGUGGAAUCAGGAAAGGACAUUGAAAGUGCGUAUUGGGAACUUGUGGUGAAGGAUAUUCAGGAUGCGUGCAAACUUUUUGAGCCAAUCUAUGACCAGACAGAAGGUGCGGAUGGCUAUGUCUCUGUUGAAGUUUCACCUAGGCUUGCUGAUGAUACCCAAGGGACUGUUGAAGCUGCUAAAUAUCUUAGCAAGGUUGUCAACCGUCGUAAUGUCUACAUUAAGAUUCCUGCUACUGCUCCAUGCAUUCCUUCCAUCAGGGAUGUCAUUGCAUCUGGAAUAAGUGUCAAUGUCACGCUUAUAUUCUCAAUUGCCAGAUAUGAAGCAGUGAUCGAUGCAUAUUUGGAUGGCCUCGAGGCGUCUGGACUUGAUGACCUCUCAAGAGUUACCAGUGUUGCUUCCUUCUUUGUCAGUCGGGUGGAUACUCUAAUGGACAAGAUGCUUGAGCAAAUUGGUACCCCAGAAGCCCUAGAUCUCCGUGGCAAGGCGGCUGUGGCUCAAGCUGCAUUAGCAUACAAGCUGUACCAGCAGAAAUUCUCAGGCCCAAGAUGGGAAGCUCUGGUUAAGAAAGGUGCCAAGAAGCAGAGGCUUCUCUGGGCAUCGACAAGUGUUAAAAACCCAGCUUACUCUGACACCUUAUAUGUCGCUCCUCUCAUCGGACCUGACACUGUUUCAACCAUGCCGGAUCAAGCCCUGGAAGCAUUCGCAGAUCAUGGAAUCGUGAAGAGGACAAUAGAUGCGAAUGUGUCAGAAGCAGAAGGGAUUUACAGUGCACUAGAGAAGCUGGGAAUAGACUGGAACAAGGUAGGAGAACAGUUGGAAGACGAAGGAGUAGAUUCGUUCAAGAAGAGUUUCGAGAGUCUGCUAGUGAGAAGACUAGAAGUCUCUAGGAAAAAGCUGCGACUUUUUAUCUCUCGACGUACCAAAAUUCCGUUUUUAAGUUUCACUCUAAUGGCGUCAAUUUCGUCCUUUGGCUGCUUCCCUCAAUCCACAGCGCUCACCGGAACUUCCUCCACCACCAGAUGCCGGACGACUGUGGCUGCUCGGUUAGCUGACCAAUCAGAUGAAUUCUCUCCUCUUCGUUCUUCUGGUGGGAAUUGUGGAUGUGGUCAUAAUUCUGGAGAGUUUGAUCGGAGAAAGUUGUUGGUUUCUUCUGUUGGUUUAUUGAUUGGAGGCUUGGUAUACGAUGCUAAAGAUGGAGACUUUGCAUCAGCUUCUCAAUUCGCUGACAUGCCAGCGCUUAAAGGGAAGGAUUAUGGCAAAACAAAAAUGAAGUAUCCAGAUUAUACAGAAACACAAUCUGGUCUUCAGUAUAAGGAUUUGCGAGUAGGAACUGGGCCUAUAGCAAAGAAGGGAGACAAAGUUGUGGUUGACUGGGACGGCUACACAAUAGGUUACUAUGGCCGCAUAUUUGAAGCUCGCAAUAAAACAAAAGGGGGUUCUUUUGAGGGGGACGAUAAAGAAUUUUUCAAAUUUACCUUGGGAUCCAAUGAGGUGAUACCUGCUUUCGAGGAGGCGGUCUCUGGGAUGGCUCUAGGUGGUAUCAGAAGGAUAAUUGUACCGCCAGAACUGGGUUACCCGGAUAAUGACUACAACAAGAGUGGGCCGAGGCCGAUGACUUUCUCUGGACAACGUGCAUUAGAUUUUGUGCUGAGGAACCAAGGGCUCAUAGACAAGACACUUCUCUUUGAUGUUGAACUCCUCAAAAUUAUUAUGGUUGCUUCGGAGAUUAAAUCCCCGGUGAGUGUCCCCGAGACGCCGGGAAGCUCCUCUGUGCAUCAUAGGAAGCAGUUGAGUGUGUUCUUCAUAGAGUCAGAUAACAGACGUCUUGCUCUUGGCCGUGGCUAUACCGGAGGAACCACUCCGGUUAACAUCCAUGGCAAACCCAUCGCCAAUCUUUCCAAAACCGGUGGUUGGAUCGCAGCUCUUUUCAUUUUUGGAAAUGAAAUGGCAGAGAGAAUGGCGUAUUUCGGACUAUCGGUGAACAUGGUGGCGUUCAUGUUCUAUGUAAUGCAUAGGCCUUUUGAGAGUUCAUCAAACGCAGUCAACAACUUCCUUGGCAUCUCUCAAGCCUCCUCUGUUCUUGGUGGCUUCUUAGCCGACGCUUACUUGGGUCGAUACUGGACUAUUGCCAUCUUCACUACUAUGUAUCUUGUCGGUUUGAUAGGAAUAACACUGGGGGCAAGUUUGAAGAUGUUCGUACCAGACCAGAGCAACUGUGGCCAGUUAUCAUUGCUCUUAGGAAAUUGUGAAGAAGCCAAAUCUUGGCAAAUGCUUUAUCUCUACACGGUUCUCUACAUAACCGGAUUUGGAGCUGCUGGUAUAAGGCCAUGUGUUUCCUCAUUUGGUGCUGACCAGUUUGAUGAGAAGAGCAAAGACUAUAAGACACAUUUAGACCGUUUCUUCAACUUCUUCUAUCUAUCGGUCACUUUAGGCGCAAUCAUUGCCUUCACUUUGGUGGUAUAUGUUCAAAUGGAACUUGGUUGGGGUAUGGCUUUUGGCACAUUGGCCGUAGCUAUGGGGAUUUCUAAUGCUUUGUUCUUUGCUGGUACUCCGCUUUAUCGGCAUAGGUUGCCUGGUGGUAGUCCCUUAACUAGGGUAGCUCAGGUCUUAGUUGCCGCUUUCCGCAAACGAAAUGCAGCUUUUACAAGUAGCGAAUUCAUCGGUCUUUACGAAGUUCCGGGCUUGAAAUCUGCUAUUAAUGGCAGUCGUAAAAUCCCUCAUUCCGAUGAUUUCAUAUGGCUAGACAAGGCGGCACUUCAGCUGAAAGAAGAUGGAUUGGAGCCAUCUCCAUGGAAGCUAUGCACGGUAACACAAGUAGAGGAAGUGAAGAUUCUGAUCAGACUGAUUCCAAUCCCAGCAUGCACUAUAAUGCUGAGUCUGGUCCUGACAGAGUAUCUUACACUCUCAGUGCAACAAGCUUACACACUCAACACACACAUUCAACACCUCAAGCUUCCAGUGACGUGCAUGCCAGUCUUCCCAGGCCUCAGCAUUUUCCUCAUUCUCUCCCUUUAUUACUCAGUCUUCGUCCCUAUCACCAGAAGAAUCACUGGCAAUCCCCAUGGUGCUUCCCAGCUUCAAAGAGUGGGCAUAGGGUUAGCUGUUUCAAUCAUAUCAGUAGCUUGGGCUGGACUAUUCGAGAACUACAGGAGACAUUACGCGAUACAACAUGGAUUCGAGUUCAACUUCUUGACCCAAAUGCCUGAUCUAACCGCGUACUGGUUGUUAAUCCAGUACUGUCUCAUCGGAAUCGCAGAGGUUUUCUGCAUCGUAGGGCUAUUGGAAUUCCUUUACGAGGAAGCUCCUGAUGCUAUGAAGAGUAUUGGUUCGGCUUACGCUGCUUUAGCAGGCGGGUUAGGAUGUUUUGCUGCCACCAUUUUGAACAAUAUUGUCAAGGCUGCGACUCGGGACUCAGAUGGGAAAUCGUGGUUGUCGCAGAACAUAAACACGGGGAGAUUCGACUGUUUGUACUGGUUGCUCACACUUCUGAGCUUUUUGAAUUUCUGUGUGUUCCUUUGGUCAGCUCACAGGUACAAGUACAGGGCUAUUGAGUCUGAGGAAGACAAGAGUAUAGCUGUUCUUUAAAGACACCACUUCUGUGUUCCGUUCUCAUAUUAUUCUUUUUGAAAAAACAGCAGUAACUAAUUGUAUCUUCCUGUUUUGUUUUCCUAUAGCUAAUGUUUAAGCGUGUACAAUCCGCUUAACGGGAUUGUUCGUUUGUAAGAAGACCAUAAAAUUAAGUCCUUCAA